AUGGGGGCAGUGGAGCGUCUCGAGAUAGCGGCUGGAUUUGCCGACUUCGACGCCGGCCAUCGGGAUCUCGUCACCGUCACCAGAUUUAACUUCUAUGGCAACCGUAUUGUCACCGCUUCCUCUGAUCACCGCAUGAAAGUAUGGGAUCUCAAGGAUGGCCAAUGGCAACUUAUAGACACCUGGCGCGCGCACGAUGCUGAGAUUCGAGAUGCCACGUGGAAUGGUCCUUUCACAGGCCAACAUAUUGGCAGUGUCGGAGAGGACAUGAAGUUGAAGAUUUGGCAAGAGGAUGUAACCCAGCCACCAAACUCAGGACGGCGUUUCAAAUCGGUCUUUCGCAUGACCGCACCCCAAAGACACCCAUUUGUAUCACUUGACUUUCGCAAUAUUGACCUGGAGUCAUGGUUAGCCGUGAUAACACGCGAUGGCUACCUCAUGGUUAUGGAACCCGUCAGCCCCGAUAGCCUUGCAGAUUGGCAGCCUGUUGACCAGUUCCGAGUGUGCACCGCCCCGGAACGCGGCGAGGAAACAAGUUUCAAAGUCCAGUUCCAUCAUGAUCCCGCCGACAUCACUCACACUAUCUCACCGGAUUCUGAUCGGAAGAGCCUGUCGCUAAUUGUGGCUGCCAUGGACACCGUCAAAAUCUACCGCACUGAUGCAAACCGACGAUUCUACCAUGCAAUUGAACUGAAUGGGCACAGCGGUCUUGUGAGAGAUAUUUCCUGGGCCAAUGGUUCUGUGCGUGGUUACGACCUUAUUGCGAGCGGCGGCAAGGAUGGUUUGGUCCGAAUCUUUGAAGUGUACACGAUGCCAGCUGGUCAAGCACCACAGAGCUCUAACGGCCGGAAGGCAGAAAUUCGCAUGCAGUCACAGUCCCAAUCGCAGUCACCGUCGCUCCGAGCAACAUCGCAGUCAGGGAUCGGCUCUGCCUUAGCAAGCCGUGUGCCUGCAUCGGCGACUGAUCGCCAACCCAACGGGGAUUCACAAUUUAGGCACUCGUUCAAACAGGUGGCUUGCAUUGACAGCAAUCACCUCGAUGUGUGGCAGGUCCAAUUCUCCUUCUCCGGUGACUCGUUGAUUUCCUCUGGAGACGAUGGGACAGUUCGGUUCUGGAAAAGAUCUUUGUCUGGAGAAUGGCUCGAGUUCGCUGAAACAGACAUGGCUUCUCAGUGA